GCGGGUUCUUGAUUUGGCUCCAACGUGUACUUUAAUUUAAGGAUUAUUUCCGAUAUUGAAGAAUGCCAAUGAAGCUUGAUAUUAAAAGAAAGCUUCUAUCAAGAUCUGAUCGAGUUAAAUCCGUGGAUUUACAUUCAACAGAACCAUGGAUUUGUGCUGCACUGUAUAAUGGAAAUGUGCAUAUAUGGAAUAUCGAGGCUCAGCAGUUGAUAAAAACUAUCGAAGUUUGUACAAACCCUGUUCGCGCUGCGAAAUUUGUUGCUCGCAAAAAUUGGAUAGUUACAGGCUCCGAUGACAUGCAGUUGCGAGUUUUCAAUUACAAUACUCUUGAAAGAAUUCAACAAAUAGAAGCACAUUCUGAUUAUAUACGAUCCAUUGCUGUGCAUCCUACUCAACCAUUUAUCCUUACAUGUUCAGAUGAUAUGCUUAUACGUUUAUGGGACUGGGAAAAUAACUGGACAUGCGCUCAGGUGUUUGAGGGUCACAAUCAUUAUGUUAUGCAUAUAGCAUUCAAUCCAAAGGAUAAUAACACGUUUGCUAGUGCUUCUUUGGACCAUACAGUCAAAGUGUGGAGCCUGGGCUCAGGUACUCCAAACUUCACUUUAGAAGGUCAUGAGAGAGGAGUCAAUUGUGUAGAUUAUUCCACAUCCGGUGAUAAACCUUAUUUGGCUAGUGGAUCAGAUGAUAGAACUGUGAAAAUAUGGGAUUAUCAAACGAAAGCAUGUGUUCAAACUCUCGAAGGUCAUGCUCAAAAUAUCAGCUCUGUUUUAUUCCAUCCUGAAUUGCCGAUAAUUCUUACCGGAUCUGAAGAUGGCACUGUACGAUUUUGGCACGCUAACACUUAUCGUUUAGAGUCAACAUUAAAUUAUGGCUUAGAACGUGUCUGGACUAUGACGUGUCAGCGUGGUAAACAAAUAGUUGGUAUUGGUUAUGAUGAAGGUACUGUUGCUAUAUCUUUGGGUCGAGAUGAACCUGCCAUGUCUAUGGAUGCAUCUGGGAAAUUGGUUUGUGCUAAACAUUCAGAGCUAGUUCAAGCUAAUUUACGAUCAUUGAACUUCAGUGGGGAUGGAAGUGAAAUGAUUCAGGAUGGUGAACGUCUUCCAGUUACUUUCAAAGAUAUGGGUACAUGUGAAAUAUAUCCACAAAUUAUUGAACAUAACGCUAACGGACGUUAUGUGGUUGUUUACGGUGAUGGCGAGUACAUAGUUUACACUGCUAUGGCAUUAAGAAAUAAAACAUUUGGUCAAGGAUUAGAAUUUGUAUGGUGUCAAUCCGAUGCUGGAGUUUAUGCUGUUCGUGAGAGUAAUGCUGUUGUUAAGGUUUACAAACAAAUGAAAGAGGUUCGUACAUUUAAAUUAGAUUAUGGUGCUGAACAAAUAUUUGGUGGACAUUUAUUAGGUGUACGUUCAUUAACUGGUUUAACAUUUUAUGAUUGGUUAACUGGUCGAAUUAUUCGACGUAUUGAUAAUAAUCCAAAAGGUGUUUAUUGGAAUGAAUCUGGUCAAUUAGUAGCAUUAUGUACAAAUGAUACAUUUUACAUAUUACGUUAUUCAGCUGAUGCUGUACCAGAUUCUAAUUUGCCAACAAUCAAUAAUAAUAACCAUGAAGAUAUAGAUGGAUAUGAAAAAGCCUUUCAACUUGUACCGAAUGGUGAAGUCAAUAGUCAAGUACUUAAUGGUCGUUGGUUUGGUGAUGCAUUUAUAUUUACAACACAAGGGAAUCGUUUAUGUUAUUUUGUUGGUGGUGAAGUAUUCACAUUAGCUUUAUUAGAUCGUCCAAUGUAUUUAUUAGGUUAUUUAGCAAAAGAAAAUCGUUUAAUUCUAGGUGAUAGAGAUUUACAGAUUGUUAGUUAUACUCUAUUACUCAGUGUAUUAGAAUAUGAAACAGCGGUAUUACGUGGAGAUUUUACAACUGCUGAUGCUAUUCUACCAAAUAUAUCAAAAGAUCAAUAUACAAAAAUUGCUCAAUUCUUAGAGAAACAAGGUUAUCGAAAACAAGCUAUGCGUGUCACUACAGAUAUGGAUCAUAAAUUUGAAUUAGCCUUACAAUUAGGAGAUUUUGAAUUAUGCCAACAAAUUGCCAUGGAUGGUGAUGCUAAAACAAAUGAAGCUAAAUGGAAACAAUUAGCUGAAGCCGCUUGUAAGGCUUGUAAAUUUAAAUAUGCUGAAGAAUAUUUAUCACGUACAGACGAUUAUGCUAGUCUAAUGUUAUUGGCGACAAGUUCAGGAAAUCGUAAACUACUUGAAUGGAUUGGCAAAGAAGCAGCUACGAAAGGAAAUGAUAAUAUUGCUUUUCUAGCACGUUUUCUUGUCACUGAUUUGGAAGGUUGUCUUGAAUUGUUAACAAAUGCUAAACGAUUCCCUGAAGCUGCAUUUUUUUCUCGUACAUAUUUACCAAGUUAUAUGCCUGAAAUAGUUGAACAAUGGCGUAAUUGGUUAGAUAAAUCAAAUAAAGCCAGUGCAAAAAUUGCUAAUUCUUUAGCUAAUCCAAAAGAUUAUCCAAAUUUAUUUCCAGAUCUCGAGGAGGCUUUAUCCACAGAAAAAUGGUUAAAAGCUGAUAGAAAAGCACGUUUAAAUUUACCCGCUUCAUCUUAUCCAACUCAACAGUUACCAGGUGAUCGUGAUCUUCACGCUGAAAUGCAAAAUAAACCUGUCCCCAUGGAACCAUCAUCAUUUGAUGAUAAAUUACCGUUUAAUGCUAAUUUAAUUUCAACAACUACCAUAAAUAAUAACAAUUAUAUACCGACUAUUGAAGAAGAACAACAACAGGAAACUAUUUCACCGUCUGUUGUUAUCGCUCCAACAACACUACGAUCGAAUAGUAACAAUCGAAAUGAUUCUGGAGAUAGUGAAUUAGACUCAGUCAAGUUGAUCGGAGAUGAGGAAGAAGACGAAGAAGAGGAAGCAGAUGAAGAAGAGUUGGACGAUGACAACGACAACGAGGAGGAGGAGGAGGAGGAAGAGAAUAACAAUAAUGAUCAAGUGGAUGUUGAAAAAGAACAUACUGAAUCAUGGUACGAUGAUGAUGAUGAUAGUGAUGAUAAUAUCGUCGACGAGAAACCUAGUAGUGGUUUAAGUAGUGAAAUGAAAACCACAUUGUCUGGAAUAGGGAAAUAG